ACGGUGCUGGCAGCCUGGAGCCAGCCUUUUCUUCUCCCUUGAGUGAUAGCAAGCCUAAGAUGUUAUUGUGCACAUAGGUAUUACCGCUUUAACUUUUACUGAGGUAAAAUAACACCUUGUCACUCAGCGCAAGUACCAAUCACAAAAUGAAUUAAUUGUAAUAACUGUUGUCAACAGAACAAAAGACUUGUUGCUUUUCUAAGCAGAUUUCAGCGCACUGAGAACUAUAUACAAACGUUCCCAUUGGGCAGGCUGGCGGAAACCAGUCAGAAUAUAAUUGUAUCUGUCUAUCUCUUUACUUUGUUUUUAAGGGCUAAGGAAUCCAGUUAAAAACCUAUAUUUUAAACAUAUCAAUAAAUAUAGCCCUUUUUGUGUUUGGGAUGUCUCCUCAAAAAAAAAAUGGAGUCUUUAAUAAAUUGGCCAUGAAAAUAGCAUUUGCCGUUGAUGGUUCCAAAUAAGGGCCAGCUGCAGAGGCUGCCUGUGGACUCUUAAGUCAUGAAGGGAAUUAUGCCCAAUUACCUUCCCAUAAAACACCCUCUCAUUUCUGGAAGUUAUCAAAACGCAUCCUGCGGACAAGUGGUCAGCUGCCCCUUUGCUCCUCGGAGAAGCACAAGAGGUCUCAUGCCGGGCCCACUGGGCGCUUAACUGCCCUCAUGGGCACAGGCAGGCUUGUUUAUAGCCGCACUUUUUACAGUUCCCCACUCCCUGCAAACCCCUAUUUUUUUUAAUUUUAUUUAUUUAUUUAUUUUUUUGCAUUCUACCUUUUUCACAUCUCUGCACAUUUCUCUCUUGAAGAACUGAGGAAACCCUAGAGAUACUGUUCUACAAAUGAGGCUCUCCUGGGAGAGCAAGUGGGCAGAGGGGCUGGGCAUGGGUCUCUCCAGCGUCCCUGCCAAGUUGAGUCAUCCAAUCAGGUCAUUCUGUGGCUUGCCUUUGAGGGUGAGGCUUUGAGGCAGCCGUAAUGAGGAAUAACCUAAAGAAAAGUGUGUCCUGGACCCACUAGCUAAAAGUGGAUGUGAUCACUGCCCUCUGAAGGAUCAUUAACAGGCCAGCAGAUCCCAGAAGGUUCUGCAAACACUGUGCAUUAUACAAUCAGCAGCCAAGCAGAGGGAAUGGACUAAAUUCCAUUUGGGAAUGGGGCGCCUUCUGUUUCCAGGGCAUCUCAUUGGUGCUGACUCCGCCCCUCUGCUUCCAGGGCCUCUCACUGGUGCUGACUCCACCCCUCUCCUUUCCUCCAGUUAGCAUUCUCCCACUUCUCCAUGCCCUUCCGCCACCCUGACCCUUGGGUCCAUCCCUCAGAUACAGUGGACUUUAACAGUCUGUCUGAUGCUCUAUAAUCAUCCUGCUUUGUACUUGUAAUCACUGAAGACUCAUCUACCCCUCCCCCUCCAUGAUGAAAUGGUAAAAGAGACCAUGAGAGAGAUUUUUGAUGUGCAAAACAGGGAGAGAACUUGUUGGCCACAAACCACAGACAAACAUGGGUGCUAUGUCCAUACAUUCAAGUCUGUCCUCUUCUCCCUCCUUCCCUCCCUCUUCUUCUUCCUCUUCAUCCUCUUCCUCUUCUUCUUCUUCUUCCUCCUUCUCCUUAUCCAUAAAGGCAAUUUCCUUCCUGCGUUCUGGGGCAAGUCUUCUCUAUAUGCAGCCUAAGAAAGCAGGCCAACCCCUUAUAUACCCUAGGAAUGGUUUGACUCUAUGGCUGUAAGUCCGUGAACCCUGGAGUACCCCUGGCUAAUCUGAGACUCAGGGUGGGAUUACUAGAAUCAGGGAAGGCAGCAUCGACUGACUUCCAACACUAAAUCCAUCUCUAAGGCAGGAAAAAGAAACAGAUCUUGGAAACAUGACAUCAGGAGAGGCACAGGCAUUCUCCAUGGCCCCAAGACAGGACCUACUCAUGUCUACAGACCAAGGCUGCCUGUGCAAAGUCAAAUUUGUUUUCUUUUUAGGAAUGAAUGCAUAGGAAGCCGCAGCUAGUCAGCACUGUAAGUCUCCCUGGAACACGAGCAAACCUCAUCCCUUUCUUGUCUUGUGACCAAAUACCCAACAGAAACCCUACCGUAGAGCAAGAAGGCUUCCUUUCAUUCAGCUUGUGGUUUAGAGGGUUGUAAUUCAUAGCCACUUGGCACCGUGUGUGGACAGAGACCAUCACUAUACAGCUCUUUAGGGAAGCACAGAAAGGUACCAGGGAUAUAUGCCCAAAGUGCUUGUACCUAGUGACUUUGACUCUUCUCCUGGGUCCAACAGUUUCUAGAGUUCUAAGAAUCAGUUAGAAACUAAGUGUUGAAAGGGAUACUUUAGAUUCAAGCUAUGAACACAGGUCAAGCUGAGCUGACUAUCACGGAGAAAGGUAUAGAACUCUUGCUGAUGACUACUGUGAAGUUUCAGCCCCCAUUCUGACCUCGGUCAGCUCCAGGUUCAACCAUUACUUGGCAUGGUCCAACAUUGUGGAUGGCUGCUCCCCUUUAUCAACUCGACACCAACUAGAGUCACCUCUGAAGGGGGAAUGGCAUCCAUCCGACUGGCCUCUGGGCAUAUCUGUGGGUCAUCUUUUUGACUAAUGAUCUAUGUGGGAGGGCCAGCCCAUCGCAGGUAGUGCCAAUCUUAGGCAGGUGGUCCUAGCAGGUAUAGGAAAGAUAACUGAAUGUGAGCUUGAAGAACCAGCCAGGAAACAACAUUCCUUUGUGACCUCUGCUUUGGUUCCUGUCUCCAUGUUUCUGAAUUGAAUUCCUGUCCUGACUUCCAUCCAUGACAGACUUCAAUAGGGAUGUAUGAGUCAAACCCUUCUCUCUCCAAAUUGCUUUUGGUCACAAUGUAUGAGCUGAGCAAUGGAAACCUAAGAUAGCCAGUGACAUCAUAUUGUAGCAGCAGAACAGAGCAGGCAUCUUAUCCCAUCCGUUGGAUUCAUAUAAAGCAUAUCUCAACGAGGUGUGUGUGCAUAAAUAAAUAAGCCUAUGCAUAUUUACAUUAUAAAAUAAAAUUUGAAACAUGCUUUCGCUGAGCCACUAUCUCCUGCCUGUCACGUGCUGAAUCCUGAACUAGUAUAGGACAUUGUCGGAACAGUGUGUAUCUUCACUGAAGACCGACAACGGGAAUGCUGUGUGUUGCGGGUUGUGAUCUGUACUAGGUGCUCCCCAGACAUGUCUACACCGGCACAGGUCUACACUGGCUUGCCUCUACUUAGGUGCUUGCACCCCAGCCCCUGGGGUCUGUCCAAGGGGCUGCUGAGGUGGGCGGUGCUCUGCAGCCAGGAGGGCCCUGCUCAUUCAUUUGGUCCUUGGUCCUGCACUGAUGCCGCUUAGCAGGGACUUAAUUGGAUAUCACUCUUAUGCUAGGCACUCUCCUUGUCAUUAGGGUACAGAGGGAAGCAGCUAGACCCCUAUUCCCCUAUUGAUCUAUUUUCCCUCAUUCCUGUUCCUUGGAGCAUAGCCCUCUGCUGAAGCAUCUCCCAGUGGAUAAGUCUUUGGCGAUGGAGUGGUUCAUCCACUCUCAUCCAUAGGCAUCAUACCUGGAGGCGCUCGGCCCUCUACAUGGUGAGCCUGCUCUAUCUACAAUCCCAAGAUGAUCCUAGCUGCCCAGGAGGCACUAUCAACCCCAACGAGAAAAAGAGAAGCGAGGGCAGAGUGAUAGGUUCCCACUUAGCAAAGAUUUCCUGAGGGCUCCCUCGUGCCAAACCCUCUCCUAGGCACUGGAGCCUGGGGUAAGUAAUUAGAGCCCGAAAGCACGCUUUUUCUGAGAGGCUGGGUAUAUAUGCUGCACAACCAACACCAGCAGGCAAGGGGAAGAAGGUAGAGGAAGUCUAGGCUGGGAGAGCAUUUACGGAGUGGUCCGAGGAGGUGGCCAUUUACAUGGUGUGGACAGAGUAAGGGCUCAUGAGUGAUAUCCAAGCAGAGAUUCGCAGAAGACAGGCUUGCCGCUAGGAGAGUCUGGGGAGUGCUUCCAUGUAGGGCUCUGGCAAGGACCUUGGUUCCAAGAACAAGGCCUGAUGCAGUUGAAGGAAGGCUGAAAAGAAAAGGUGGGGAUAGGGGAUAAGAAGUGCUAAGGAUGUGGAAAGGGCUCUGUGAGGUAUUGUGUUCACCCUGGCUAGCUCGAUGGACUGAGGAGGCAGCCUGGGGCUCUGUAAGCCAUUCUCUGCACUCUGACUAGCCUCAUGGGUGAGAGUCCCAUAAUCCCUGUGCUCUUCCCCUGCCUCUUCUAUUGAAAAUAGAUUUUUUUUUCCAUAUACUAUGUCAUAUCCCAAUCAUGGUUUCUCUUCCUUCUAAUCCUUCCAGUUCCUUUCCCCCUCCCCUACCAUCCAGAUCCAGUCCUUUUCUGUCUCUCAUUACAAAAUGAACAGGCUUCUUGGGUAAAAUAAUAAAAUAAAAUGUGAUAUAAUAAAACAAAAACUAAUACAUCAGAACAGGACAAAACAAAUAGAAGGAAAAGAACCCAAGAAAGGGCACAAGAAACAGAUACAGAUGUGGAGACGACUCAUUCUCACUAAAAUACUAAUCUGGAAGCCAAAAUAUAUGCAAAGAACCUGUAGGGUUAAAAACAGAGAGAAUACACACACACACACACACACACACACACACACACACACACACACACACACACACACAAGAUUUAAAGCAACAACACUGAGUUCAUUUUCUUCUGGCUGGCUCAUGGUCUGCCCUUAAGAGUAGUUUGUCUCCUGAUUGAGACUCCCUUGGGGAACACAGAGCUUUUUAUUUGCAUAUGGUUAUCAGUUGGAGACAGUUUCUAGGUCAGGGUUGGGGCAUGUGCUCCCUUCUCCUUUCAGCUCUAGGACCCCAUGUGGUGCAGACUGGUACAGGCCCUGUGCAUGCUGCCUCAGUCUCUGUGAGUUCCUAUAUGCAUCGACUGUGUGGAUUUAGAGGACCUCAUUUCCUUGGUGUCUGCCCUGGCCCCUGGCUCUUCCAAUCUUUCUCCAUCCUCUCCCUCCCUUGGGCUUCGCUAAGCUGUGAUAGGAGGGAUUUGAUGGCUCAGCAUUCCAAGGGCUCUCACUUUCUAUAUAAUAUCUGCCUGUGGGUCUUUGUCCCCAUCUGCUUCUCUGAUGAUGGCUGAGCAAGGCACUGAUCUAUGAGUAGAGCAGAAUGUCAUUGGGAGUCAUUUUAUUGCCAUUGUUCCUUUAGUAGAACCGUAGUAUUUGGUUUUACCUUAGGUCUCUGGACUAUCUAGUUUCAGGUUUCUUGGUUUCUUCAGCCAUGUUAGAUAUGGGUUCCAUGUUAGGGAGAGGGCCUCAAGUCAAAUCAGAUAUUCAUUGGUUACUCCCACAAACUUGCAAUCCCCAUCAAAAUUCCAAUACAGUUCUUUACACGUCUUUAAAGGGCAUUUUUCAGCUUCAUAUGGAAACACAGGCACACGAAAAUUCCCAAGGUAGAUUUUUUUAAAAAAUUCUGAAUAGUAAGAGAACUGCAGGGGAUAUAAACACCCCCAUUCCCAAAUUGUUCUGAAGAGCUACAGUAAUAAAAAACAGCAUGUCGUUGACACAGAUCAGACACACAGAUCAAUGGAAUUGAAGAUCGAGUCAUCAAUCCACACACCUAUGGACAGCUGAUUUUUGAUAAAGAAGGCAGAAAUACACACUGGGAGAAAAAGACAUUAUCUUCAACAAAUGGUGCUGAUCAAACUGGAUGGCUACAUGUAGAAGAAUCCAAAUAGAUCCAUACUUAUCACCCUGCACAAAACUCCACUCCAAACGUACCAAAGACCUCAACACAAAACCAGAUAACCUGAACCUGAUAGAAGAGAACAUGGGGAAUAUCCUUGAACUCAUUUGACACAAAACAAGUCUUCCUGAACAGAACACUCUUAGCUCCGGUACUGAGAUCAACCAUUAGCAAAUGGGACUUCAUGAAGCUGAGACACUAAUGCACAUUAAAGGACAGUAUUAUUUGGACAGAGCUGUAACCUACAGAAUGGGAAAGGUUUUACCAACUAUAUAAAUCCAACAGAGGGCUAAUAUCCAAACUAUAUAAAGAACUCAAAAAGUAGAUAUCAAGAAAACAAAUAAAAAACAAUAAAAAGUGGGGUAGAAAUCUAAACAGAAUUCUCACAGAGGAAACUCAGAUAGCUGAGAAACACUUAAAGAAAUGUUCAACAUCCUUAGCUAUCACGGAAAUGCAAAUCAAAACUGCUUUUAGAUUUCAUUUUAUACUCAUCAGAAUGGCUAUGAUCAAUAAAAGAAAUGACAGCUCAUGCUGGUAAAGAUGGGGAGCAAGGGAAUACUCCUCCAUUGCUGGUGGGAGUGCACACUUGUCCGGUUUCUGUAGAAGCAGUGUGGUGGUUCCUCAGGAUGAUGGGAAUUGCUCUACCUCAAGAUCCUUCUACACCACUCUUGAGCAUAUAUUUAAAGGAUGCCUAAUCCUACCACAGAGGCACUUGCUUAUCCAUAUUCACUGUUACUUUAUUAUAGCCAGAACUUGGAGACAACCUAAAUAUCCCUCAACAGAUAAAUGGAUAAAGAAAAUGUGAUAAUUUACACAAUGGAAUAUUGCUCAGCUGUUAGAAAGGAAAUUAUGAAAUUUGUGGGUAAAUGGAUGGAACCAGGAAAAAAAAAUCAUCCCGAGUGAGGUAAAUCAGUCAAAUGGUUAUACAUUCACUUGUAUGAGGAUAUUAGCUGCUAAGUCAAUGAUAACUAAGCUACAAUCUGUAGGAACACAGAGAUUACGUGAGGCCAGGGCAGGGGCACAUAGAUCUCAUCAGGAAAAGGAAACAGAGGUAGUUAUGCAUGGGUAUGCGGGGGGUACUGGACUGUGAGAAUCAAGCCUGGAGCAGGAGGACAGAGGGGAACAAGGGAGGGAAUAUAAGGAGAGACAGCUAAAAUGAAGGGCCAUUUGAGGACUAGUAUGGAAACCAAAUACAGUACAAAGCUCCCUAAAAUGUUUACAUGUAGGAAGGCAAUCUAAAUAAAAUAACCAAGUAAUGGGGGAGACAGAGCCCCAGUUGAACAUAUCUUAUCACCAAAUGAAGCUUCUAGUAUCAGGAAUAAAUUACAUCUAAUUGAGUUGUUGGCCAAAGGCCCCAGAAAUCUCCAAACAAGCUAGGCUAUUGCUAAGACUGUAAGUUGCUCUCCACAAACUGAUGUCAAGGCCUGAUUGCUGAAGACAACCCCUACACAAUUCACUGAACAUAGAGAGGUUGAGCUGGAGCCUACACAGAACUUUCACCCCUACACACUAUUGUCUUUAGUACAGGAAGGUUCUCUGCAUGCUACCUAAUGAGAAGGUAAACACCAACCAAGCCACAACACUUUCAUCUACAAGUGUUAUAUCUGUAAGAUAUGUUAGGGCAAUCCCUGUGCCCUUAAAAGCUCUGCCCUCUGGGACACGCCCUGUCACCAAAGGGCAAAGCUUGGAAACCUUUUUUUUAACCAUUGAAAAUAUUUUUUUCAUAUGAUAUAUUCUGAUCAGGGUUUCCCCAAACUCCUCACAGAUAUUCUCUACCUCCUUAUCUUUCCAAUCUCAUUCUUUUGUGCUUUCUCUUUAAAACUCAAGCAAAAAACGAAAAAACAAAACCAAACCAAACAAACAAAAAAAACAAAAAACAAAAAACCCCACAACAAAAAGGGGGAGAAUAAAGAAGCACGAGAAACACCUCUCUCUCUCUCUCUCUCUCUCUCUCUCUCUCUCUCUCUCUCUCUCUCUCCCUUCAUAAAGACACACAAUUGGAAAACAUAAAAGCAAAAGACCAGUAAAGAAAAGAAAAUGCCCAGACAAAGCAAUAUUCAACAAACAUAGUCCAAAAUAUAUCUCUGACUCUGUUUCGUGUUGGCCAUCUACAGUUGGGGAUGUUGUGUGUGAGUGUGGUUUACACACACAGUGAUUGUUUCCUUUGCAAGUGGCUGUCAAUGCAGAUAGCUUCUUGGCUAGGGACAGGGCAUUGUUUCCUCGGCCCUAUCUCAGGGCUAGGGCCCCAUCUGGCCAUGACCUGUGCAAGCAUGUUACCACAGUUUCCUUGGUGUCUCCCAUCCCCACUGGCUCUUAUAGUCUUUCCUCUUCCAGACAGCUCCCUGAGCCCUGGGGGAAGUGGUUUGAUGGUGCCAUCCCAUUUAAGACUGAGUGUUUCCAAAGUCUCUCACCAUCUGCACGUUGUGGAGUUGUGAGUCUCUGCGUUCUUAUUGACUGAAAGAAGGAACUUCUCUGAUGAUGGCUGAGACACUGGUACAAGGGUACAGCAGAGUCUCAUCAGAAGUAAUUUUAUUGUGAUGUUCCUUUAUCAGAAUAAUAGCAGUAUAGGAAUCUUAAUAAUGUGCAAACCAGGGGCCCUGUGUUUGCUUCUUACACUGUUCUUACAAACUCUGUAGCAGCCCCAACCUGCCUUUUACCCCAGAUAAAACCAGACCCCGAGAGGCCUGUUUAACAUAAGAGCAAUAUACUCAGCUGACCCCAGGCCAACUGCUGAGGGUGAAAGUGGGAAGAUCUGAAGCCAGGCAGGGACUGCGGUCAUCAUCAGGGCAGUGGCAGUAAUGACAGAGCAAGUGGCCAGCAGAUAGAGCGUUGGCCUUUGAGCAUGUCUAUCAGCCCCAAUGUCUCCUUCCCUUCCUCUGUUUCUGUCACACUGCCAGUUCCCACUGCGGUCCUACUUCUGGCCUGGGAAUCUGGUUUCAUUUCAUUGUUCCUGGGUCCCUUCUCUCACUUGCUCGGAAGCAGACGGCUGUCAGCUCAUUUCAGGUGUGGUAUGGUGUGCUGUGGAGUCUAUCGUUUGCUUUCAUUUCUGAUGGUCUGAGCUAUAUAACUGAAUUCUGCUCAUAGCAUCGAGGAACUGAUGUUCACACCAUGCUCUUGAAUAUACCCUUGUCCUCUGUGGCUUGCUGCUGGCAGGCAGAAGAUGGCUGCCUGGCAAGGUCUGGGGAUCCAGGAGCUCAUGCAGAGCCACCCAGUCCUUGACCCAGGCACUUCCCAGAGUAACUCUGGUACCCUUCCUAACAGGCAUUCAGGUGAGAGGAGAGGUCCUUUCAGGAGUGAAAUGCUCUCUCUUUAGGAAAGUUUGUGUUUAUCUUGUCUUGAUCUCCUCAAUUGUACACACUUCCAGGAUACUUCUGCUGUCUGAUUUUGUUUAGAAUCAGGAGCCUUCAUUUUUCACAAAUACCGUUCGUUCACUAAAGAGACUCUUACAAAAAACAGUUCUUCAAUUCAAGUAAGAAAUAAAAACAAACGGUCCCCAGCUCCGAAAAAAAGGACCAAAAAAAAAAAAAAAAAAGAAAGAAAGAAAAACAAAAAUCUCCAACCCAUCGGGCUAUAUACUGAUUGCUUUUACCCUCUUCUUUAUUUCAACAGCUCAUCUCUUCCUAUAUGGAAAAAAUCACACACACAAAAGCCUUCAGAAAGUUCGAUGGGGGUGGAUCUGUGGUUGCUGUGAAAAUCUGCGUCCUGGCUGAGGCCUUGCGUGCCAAGCCUUAGCCUGAAUUACAUAUUUACAGCUGAGUUAUAAGCCCUUAGAAAACAGGAUUUAUCAUGGAAAUGGUGACACGGGCUUCACCCAGCCUGGAAUUCUUGGGGGCCGAGGUAAUAUACUGCACAGAGAAAUCAGAUCAUUAGUUAGUUAUAAACAAAGGACAGAGAUAGUAAAUUAGAGGCGGUAUUUCGGCAGUUCCUUACGUAUUUACGACAGCAAAAUAUGCAGCCGCGCUUUAUUCCUUGAGAUAGUAUUUAAGCAUCUCCAAUCUAAUGUGCGUUUUCAGACAUGGCUGCGCCAUACAAUUUUUGAAACCUCGGCCACUCUCGAUCUUCUUCUGGAGUCUUAUCCGCGAUAUUUUCUUCCUUCUCUGUUGCUCAUUAGAAAAAUGUUAAAAAUCCAUUUUGGUCUGAUUAAUAAUAAAGCUGAUCACAUGUAACCUAAUUUUCAUUCAGGGCUGCCCCUGUCUGUGGAGUCAUAUACAAAGUGACCUUUGAAUCGCCAGUGGACUCAUAAACUACAAUAAGCACCAUUGUCCUGUCAAAAAUUGAAGAUGUUUUACAUCAUUACAAAAUUUAAUGUUCCGUCUUUUCAAAUGCACUCCUUUUCAAAGGCCACAUUCCAAUUGAAGCUCAUUAAAAUCAGACUCGAGUUUCCUGCGGUGGGCAUGAAGAGAGUUUCGCAGGCUAUGGGAGGAAAAUGAAUCACUCUUUUAAAACAGAUAUGGUUACAUAUGAGUUUUGAAAGGUGCAGGGAACGGGGAGAGCCUCCACUACCCGGCCACAGUGAGGCUUUUGUGCUGAGAAAACCAAUCACUGUCUCCCGGAUCCCUUUACCCUCCCCCACUAAGCACACGCACCCCGGAUCCCAUUUUCCCAUUUACUUCUGAAUAAGUCGGUUUUCUAAAUAAAAUUGUUGUUUUGAUGUCCAGAGGUGGAACCCAAAGAGGGCUUUUUGGUGGAUGGGUAGGGGGUUGAGAAAACCAGCCCGGCAAAUUCAUAUAUAUAUGUAUAUAUAUGAAUUUCAUAUAUAUUCUUCUGAGCUAGAGGCCUGAUAUUUCCAAAAGUCACUGUAGGACUCUGGGGGGAGUGGGGGAGCAGAGAGGGCAGGCUGGCCAGAUAAAUGCUGCAAUGCUUCCAGAAGUAGAGAGAGCACUUGAACUAAGACCUGUCUCUGUGGUCUAGUAGAGACAGGUCACACCCAGGGGACCAGGGAAAGGUCCUCAGGACUCCCUGCUCUGUUUCUCACUCUGAGACCCAAAUGGAAAAGGCUCGCUUCAAAGAUCCAAACCCAAAUGUGUAUUCCUCAAGCUUUAGAUAGAUGGAAUCUUUAAACAGCUAGCUAGGGAGCACUCAUCUGUAACCUACACUCACAGGGAGGUGGAGGUCUGUGAGUUCAAGGUCAAUGUAGGCUGUAAAACAAAGUUCUGUAAAUAAAUAAAUAAAUAAAUAAAUAAAUAAAUAAAUAAAUGCAUGCGAGUGAGCUGGGAGAUGGCUUAACACUGGCUGCUCUUGUGGAGGACCCAGGUUCAGUUCCAAGCACCCACACUGGGCUGCUCACAAACAUCUGUUAACUCCAGUUCUACUGACUCCAGCACCCUCUUCUGACCUCUCUGGACACUGCGUGCAGGUGCCUCAUGUACAUAGAGCUGAACUGAACUGAACUGAACUGAACUAAUGUAAACUCAGCUAAACUAAGAAGAGAAGCAAUAUCCAAGUCUGGAAAUUGCCCACUUCUAAGGCCAGAAAUCAAUAGCUUUGUGGCCUAAUACCAUUCACAUCUGGGGGAUAAACUUUAUUAUAUUAAUAAUAAUGGAUUAAUUAAAGUGGAUCUUUUAAUUGGAUAUUUUUUAUUUACAUUUUAAAUGUUAUUCCUUUUCCCGGUGUCCCAUCCAUAAACCUCCUAUCGCAUCCCCCGUCCUCCUUCGUCUAUGAGGGUGCUCCCCCUUCCCAACUACCUCCCCCUUUCCCAAACUGACAAUCCCCUACACUGGGGGUGGGGGUCCAGCCUUGGCAGGACCAAGGAGUUCUCCUUCCAUUGGUGCCCAACAAGGCCAUCCUCUGCUACAUAUGCAGUUGGAGCCAUGGGUCUAUCCCUGUGUAGUCUUUGGGUAGUGGUUUAGUCCCUGGGAGCUCUGGUUGGUUGGUAUUGUUGUUCUUAUGGGGUUGCAAGUCCCUUCAGCUCCUUCAAAUCUUUCUCUAACUUCUCCAUAAAGUGGAUUUUUAAUACCUUUCUAACAAGCAACAGAGGUAGGAAAAAAAUGUCAAAACUAAAACUACAGAAGAUUAAGAAUGGCCAAGGCUUCAAAAUGUACCAUGGCUACAUCUGAAAAAUGUGUUUGAUCUAAAAUACUUAAAUACUAUCUCAAGGGGACAAGUGGGAGUCCCACCUGCCAGACAAGUACAUCAUUCAUACAAUGUUGGCACUGAGUCAGAAGAGGGCUGCCUGGGUCUGGAUGGUGCAUCUGUGCCAAGCUUCAUCAUCAUUUAGACCUAACAGGAACUGGCAUUGCAGCCCAGUUGUGCCGUUUGUAUCUGUGUGACGUAGCCGUAGAUUGCUUAGCUCUGUUGGGCUCCAGGGCUCUCAGAGGGACAGUGAUGCAGGUGUUCUCUGAGUUCUGCUAGAGUUACAUCCCGAUGAACCCACAGUAUGUUGAAAAUGACAUGGAGAGUGGGAUGUGGUGACACAGGCUACUUGGGAGGCUGAGGCAGUACAGCAAGCUUAAGGAUUGUCUAGAUAACUUAAAGAGACCCUGUCUCAAAAUAAAAGAAAAGGGCUGGUUGCAAAGCUCAGUAGUAGCGUGCCUGCCAAUAAAUCCAUUUUAGGGGUGUGGCUGGGUAGUGAAGUGCCUAUCUAGAAUCCCCCAAUGAGGGGCUGGGGGCGUGGCUCAGUGGUAGAGCCCCUGCCUAGAAUCCCCCAGUGAGGGGCUGGGGGCAUGGCUCAGAGGUGGAGCCCCUGCCUAGAGUCCCCCAGUGAGGGGCUGGGGGCUUAGCUCAGUGGUAGAGUACUUGUUUAGCAUGAAGCCCUGGGUUCAAUCUGUGUUACCAGAGAAGAAUGGCAUUGAAAUACCUUUCAUAAGUGUAGCCUACCAUGUUAGCCGUCUUCUUCGCUACCAUGACAAACACUGACAUAAACAACUUAUGGAGGAAAGAAGAUAUAUUUGGUCAUGUGGUUUCAGAGGCUCACUCUAUCUGGGCAUGGCUCAUCAUGGCAACCAGGAAGUGAAGAGAGUGUAACAUUGGUGUGCUCCUGACUCCAUCUUUCUUCUAUUGUCUGCGCCUCUGGUUCAUGGGAUGGCACUGCCCACAUUAAGGAUGAGUUUCCCCCUCUCAGAGAACUUUCUCUCUGGACAUAUUUUCACAGGCACACCCAGAGAUGUGCCUCAAUCAGUUAUGUCAUUCCAAACCCAGCGAGAUUGGCAGGAAAGAUCAACCAGAAAGCAUGCUCACACUCCUGCACAUUCAGCCUACAGCUGGGAAGAACUUUGCAUGCAAAGCCUGUGUUACCAUAGAGGCCUGAACAGUUAGGGUGGUGUAUUGAGUAUCAUAGCAACAGAACACACUGCCGGGAUUGGCUGGUUCCCCUUUGUGAUUGCAUAGCUGAUUGGGAACUAAGGCCUUUUAUCUCAAGACAGUGUCACAAACAGAGUGCUAGCCCCACCCCCCUCCCCCCAAAAAAGGAUCAAAAUUCACAGUGUGAGGUACAGCUGCUACAGAGGGAAUAUUGCUUAUGCAUGACUGUAGAUUUCAGAAAUACUAAAUUGAACCAUCAUAAGCCGGGGAACAUCUGAAGUAUGGACCUGGCAUGACUGUGGCCACACCUACUCUAACAAGGCCACACCCACUCCAACAAGACCUCACCUGUAUCAACAAGGCCACAGCAACACCAACAAGGUCAUGCCUCUUAAUCCUUCUCAAGUAGUGCCACUCCUUUAAAUAAGCAUUCAAAUAAAGUAAUUCUAAUUCAAACCACCACAAAGCCCAACCAAUCAUUCCACCACUAGAUAUCUCUGUACAUCCGGUGGCAUGAGAUAAAGGGACAGGUAACCUGCCUCGUCAUCCAUUCCUCCAAAGGAAGGUUGUGUAGAACCUGGGAACUUGAGGGAUCCAUUCUCUUUAUAGUAGCUGGUUCUCAGGCUAGGAGCUAGCCCUCUGGGUUCAGGUUUCCAUGACACUUAGAGGGAUUUCAGAGAUAAUGGGGGCUAAAGGAGAUCCCAGAUCAUCCCCAGGCAUCAUGGGAGGCUUUAUAUCUUUUCUUUCUCCUGUCUGGGACCCUGUGCCAGAGGCUUCUACAGGUCAGAUGGGGAGGCUACAGGAGUAAACAUGGAAAUGGAGCAACUACGGCCGCAGUGGACCCAAUAUUUUCCAAGACCUUCAGAAAUCUGUGUCUCCUCCUUUCAUGUAUGAAUAACUCCCUAGAAGAAUUUAGUGUAGCUUCUGAGCUCAUGAACAUUAAAAGAUCCUUUUAGAACUCUCUAGAUCUGGAAUCCAUGCGACCUUCACGGAUGUGUGACUUCUGAGUCUACAGCGACUGUGCACAAUGCCUGACAGAGAAUGUUUCUUUCCAUUCAUGACCUUAGAGGGUUUCAGUACACCUGGGAGAGGAAGGCGUCACAGUUCAUGACAUUUGAGGUAUAUGGCAGAAGCUGUCUGCAUCAUGGUAGACAGCAGGCAUCAGGACAGGAAAUAGAUGAGGACAACAUAGCCCCAAGGACGCACACGCAGUGACCCAAUUUCUCCAACUGACUUUACUUCCUGAAGUUUCCAGAACCUCCUGAAACAGGGCCACCAGAUAGGGAUCAUGCAUUCAAAACACUGUGGGGGACAUUCCACAUUCAAUCCUUGACACUCAGGGGAGUGGAUCUUAGAGAAGCUACCACACAAUUUAGAUGAAUUCUUUAAGGGGGGGGACUAAAUCAUGAGCUCAACUUCCCUUCGCUGCUGCCUGGGAAUGUGUCAUGCAUGGAAGCUUACUUGUUGCAACGGAGGGUUUUCUUUUAAGCCCAGAAAGGUCUCUUUCCUGCAGGGAUGGCUUUUGAUUAUAUCCCUGGUACCAGGGGCUCAUCCAUUCUAGAAGCUUCAGCUGGCACCUGGAAAAUCACAAAAUUCAUUAGUGAGGAAUCAGGCUAUGAAACACAGUAGCAGAGCAGCAACCCCCACAAAGAAGGGGGUGCCCAGGCUUUCUAUAGCUCCUACUUCUGGGGGCUGUAUCUAGGGGUGUAAAGUAUAUAUACUCCUAUGUAUGUGUGUAAGUAUGUAUGUAUGUAUGUAUGUAUGUAUGUAUGUAUGUAUGUAUGUAGUUCUGUUCAGGCCGGGGAAACUGGGAACAAUUCAUAUUUGUGCUGCAGUUCCUAUGAUUACUACCAAUGAUGACCUGGUUUUCUCAGUGGCCCCUGCUUUGACUAACCUUGGGGAAGCCUCUACUUCUCUCAGGGGUCCUCUGCCACAAUGAGGUGGCACUAGGUGAUUCCAUGGGCCUCAACAACAUUGAUCAUCGCAGGACCUACUGGAAGGAGGCUCAUUUUACUGACUAGAAUUGUUAAGGCAGAGGUGAGCGUCAAUGGAGGAAGGUUUCAAAACAAUUGGUGUUGCCAUGGGUGAUGGUCGAGGGAAAAGGGGACUCCUGAAGGAGAGUCUGAAGACUCCAAAAAUGGUCUCCAUCUUGAGAUGGAGUCAUCAGGCUGCUUUGCACGAGGGCUUCCUCUGAGAUGGAGUAGGGACUGAGUGUGGCAUGGGCACACAUGCAUCCUGUCCUUCUGCAGCUCAUCCUGUGUCCCAAAGGACAUGUCCCACAUGGAACUCACAGAAACGGGCCUCUGAGCAAGCAGGACUCUGGCAUGCAGUCACACAUGCCCUGCAAGAGGCUACCAACAGGUACAAGGACUCCUGUCUGCCUCUCCGUGAGGGAUUCAGCCAGAGAUCACCAUUUAGCUCCCAUGUCCUUUUCACGCAGCCCCUCCCACACGAGGGACCAGUGGUAAGGAAGCUGCUGGUGAGAAUGGCAUGUGCUCAGACUGGGUGUGAUGGAAAUGUGUCUCCUGCUGUCUCUCUGUCACUGGGAUUUUUUUUUCUGUAGUGUUAAUUUUACUGGUGAUUAAAUAGAAGUGUGUUAAUAUCUCUGCAUGUGGAUAUCCAUUUAUGCCAAGUGCAGUUCAAGGGAAACCUUGCAGCUUGCAUUGGGCCACCAUGCCUGGCUUUCUUUUCUUGUUUAAUGAAACUCUUUCUGGUCCACCCUCCAGUAUACACCUUAUAAAUACUUGCAUCUUUUUUUUUUCCAUUUUUUAUUAGAUAUAUUUCUUUACUUACAUUUCAAGUGGUAUUCCCUUUCCCGGUAUCCUGUCCAUAAGCCCCCAUCCCCUAUACGGGUGUUCCCCCCACCCACCCCUCUUGCCGCCCCUCCCCCGACAUUCCCCUGCACUGGGGGUCCACCCUUGGCAGGACCAAGGGCUUCCCCUUCCACUGAUGCCCCAACAAGGCUAUUCUCUGCUACAUAUGCAGUUGGAGCCCUGGGUCAGUCCACGUAUAGUCUUUGGGUAGUGGUUUAGUCUCUGGAAGCUCUGGUUGCUUGGCAUUGUUGUUCUUAUGGGGUUGCAAGCUCCUUCAGUUCUUUCAGUCCUUCUUCUAAUUCCUCCCAAGGGGGUCCUGUUCUCAGUUCAGUGGUUUGCUGCUAGCAUUGACCUUUGUAUUGGACAUCUUUAUGUGUGUGUGUGUGUGUGUGUGUGUGUGUGUGUGUGUGUUUAUUCUUUACUGUCUAAGACUCUCUUUUCAUUCAAAAUUACCCAUUAUUGUAGUCUAGAUAGGAGGUGUCCUUCCACUAAGACUUAUGCAUCCAACACUUGGUCCCCAGCUGGUGGAUACUGGCCUUGAGGGCUGACUGGAUCAUGAAGUCUCUCGCUUCCUCAAAGGACUGAACCAUUUAUAGAGUCAUACUCUGAUGGCCUUGCUGGGAAGCCGUGGAAGCUGGGAGAUGGAGGUCAGGAGCUGGCAAGCUUGCCUGUUGGUGGCAAUCCCAAGAGGGCGCUGGUGAUCAGUAGAUCCUAAGAAUAUUAAUUGGGAUUUGGAAGAUGCCUCUCAAUCACAAGAACUCUUAGCCUAGGAUGGGAUGCUACCACUUGGUGUUUCCAAGCCUUCCUUGCAUCUAGAAUCAACCCGACAUCCACCCUAAGCUAACUACAGCCUCUCUGUUCCACAUUUUCCACUCUCAUUGCCACUGUGCCACACACUCUUCUCGUCUUCACUAGGGCACUGCCAAUCUUCCGUGAGAUGCAGCCUGCUCCAGGCCCCCUUCCUGUUCUCCUCUCCUCCCCAUCAUUCCACACCUGUUGAGGCUCACCUCCUCCAGGAAGCCUUUUAUGAAGAAUCCAGGUAAACGGAACUAAGAACAUUCUGUGUCUGCAGAGUACAGCUUAACACCACCAACAUCAAUGUCAGCAUUUGCUGCAAUGCAGAGUGUGGGAAAUGCCUCCAUUUGUUCCAAAAAUAGGCACUGUGCCCCUUUGGCAGUCAAUAGAACAAGGUCCCUUACCUUCAACAUGCUUGUGUCACUGUGGGUCUUCCAUUCAGUUAGCUCAGAGCCCAGUGCCACUGCUUAAUAGCAACUUAUCCUUGGGCAAGAGUUAAGAUCUUUCUAAGAUUAACACUGCAUAACAGAUAGUUCUGAGGAAGAAAUAGACUCAAAUACACUGGCCCAGCACUGUGCCCAAAUUCAGUCAACUGGACCAUCCUCUCCUUGGCUUGGUUCUAUCUCUGGGUGCAAGAGAUUCUGGCAGGUAACGAGGCUGCUUUAAUUUUCCAGAGAGAUAAGAAGGGAAGUUGUGACUUCCACAGGGUGGAUCCAGAAGGAGAUGGAUACAGAGAACCCUUUACCUUACAUCUCAUUGCAUACUCAUGGUCACACAGGUACUUCCAAGAUUCCCAGUCUGUCAUUCCAGCAAGGAAUGACUGAAAUUCAGAACCAAGUUCACAGACACAGCUGGAAAAAACAAAACACAACAAACAAAAACCACACACACACACAUACAUGCAUACACUCACACAUAUAUACACUCACACAUACACGCUCACAUACAUACACACACACAUAUAAACUCAUACACAUGCAGUCACACACAUAUACUCACAUAUACACACACUCACACUCAUACACACAUACACUCAACACAUACACACAUACACACACACACAGUCACACUCACACACAUACACACAUAGACUCACACGCAUACACACUCACACAUAUAGAUACAUACACACACAUACACUUACAUAUACACACUCACGCAUACCCACUCACAUGCACUCAUACAUACUCACUCACACAUACACACAUAAUACACAGUCACACAUACGCAUACACUCAUACAUAUACACUCACACACAUUCACACACAUACUCACAAUUCACACAAUACACUCACACCCAUUCACACAUACACACUCACAUUCACACACUCACAUAUAUUCACACAUACAUCACACAUUUACACACAUACACUCACACAUAUUCACACAUACACACUCACACACAUACACAUUCACACAUACACACAUUCACACAUACACACUCACAUUCACACACAUACACUCGCACAUAUUCACACAUACACACUCACACAUACACACAUACACACAUACUACACAGUCACAAUACACAUACACUCACACACAUUCACACACAUACUCACACAUUCACACACAUACCCUCACACAUAUUCACACACAUACACUCACACAUAUUCACACAUGCAUACACACUCACACACAUACUCACACAUUCACACAUACACACACUCACACACAUUCACACACACAAACUCACACACAUUCACACCCAUACAGGCACAUAUUCACACAUGCAUACACACUCACACAUACAUACACACACACACAUUUUUGAAAGAGCUGGAGCUGGCAGUGUGGGGCAAAGCUAACCCUAGUUCAGCAGCCAGGAGGACCUGGGAUCAAUCUCCAGCAUCACAAAAAACAAAACCACUUUUGAUUACCAAGCCGGGGAAACACCCAGUUCACAUUCUUUCUCUUUCUGCUGCUUGGCACCAUUUCCAGGACUAAGUAUCAUCUUUAGAAAAGCUCUCCUGACCCUCCACCUUCUAGAGGACAGUCAUAAACUGGUAAGUUAUUUGCAACCCCCUAGAAAUGACCAUGCCUUCUGGAAAUCAAUCCUAUUUGAAUGCAGUCUGCUUUUCGCCUCCGUGUAAAAUAUUGUGUGGAUCGAGAGGACCCUGGGUGUCUUGUGGCAUUUCAUAUGCAGUAUUAUGGGCCAAGGAACAUUUGUCAACAUUAUACAAUAAUCUAUGAUCAAAACACUAAAACUUGUCAACUCCCAGAGUCACCUGCAUUCUAACUUUACAACUGAAACUCAUUUAAAAGUAAAUGAAAGUCAAGAGGAUGAGAUUCAAUUAAAAUUAAUUUAAAGUAUGGAAAAAAUGAUUCACAGUGAUCUAAAUCUGAACACGGUUAUUGCCCACUUUAUCUUCUGCUACGCGGGACUCUCCCACAACAACCAGGGAGGACUUCUAGCUAGCAGAGGGCACGCCAUAUGCAAAUCACAGCCGCCGGUCGGUGGAGCUGGUAAUUGAAGCCAGAGCCCUGUUUUCUAGGCAGAUGUUGUACCGCCAGCCCCCAAGCCUCGGCUCAGUGAAGCCGGCUCUUGUAUGUAUAUAGUUCAGGCUGGUCUUGAACUCAUGCCUCUGCCUCCCAAAUGCUGAGCUUGCAAAUGCUUGCUUCCAUACUCAGAUCUCAGAAAAGAGCGGGAGAGGCAGAAGGUAUGUUUGGGUUUUGGUCUUUACCCCUUGCCGAUCCCGAGGCAUUCAUUUCCAUCACCCCUACUUUUCUGGAUGGAGACACAGCAGAAAUCCAAUUUAAAAUCUCUCUCUCUCUCUCCUUCUUCCCCCUCCCAACUUUUGAGUAUGCAUGCAAUUUCUCCUGAUAGCGAGAUCUCAGCAGAGAAAUUAACUUCAAUAAUCUAUGGAUUACAAGACGUAUCAAGCCUUCGAGCAACCCAGCGUUAGAUCUAUUCUCAGAAGGGUUUACAUGACAUUAAUAGUUAACAAGUGAAAGGAUGCGUUUUCCCCCAAUCGAGAUCUUUAGGUGCCCCCUCCCCACCCACUCCACCCCGAUUCUUAAAGACUUUCCGUUAAGACUUGCAGCUCCUUCUCCACUCACUGUGAGGCUCCGGAGGAGCUCAUGGCCCAGUGAUGUCUGGCAUCAGUUUCCUGGCCCAGCAGUCGUGGUAGGCACCAGAUGAUGGGCAAGGACCUCUUCAAUGUCCUGUGAAGCUGCCUCCCACACCCAGUUACUCACACUCUUGAUUGUCGAUUGAGCUAUUGAUUUUCACCUUGACGCUCUUUAAAUUGUAUCCCCCAAAAGAUUCACUCAGCUCAUGGCUGAAGGGGCAGCAUUGCAUAAAACAGCUUCCUCUCGGCCCUCUUCACUGGCUUGUUCCCCUUGCAGCCUGCAGCAGGGCCGGGCCUGAGGAUCAGUAGGUUAAGUUGAAGCUGGCCCUGUGCUAGUCGAACGUGUGCAACUUACCGCACUCAGUGGGUGCAUGUGUGGAUUCGCCACAAGUGGCUCUUCGACUUGUGGUACCCGGCUUCUUCCUGUGAGAGUCCCCACUCACUCUCCCAGGCCCCAGCUGCAAAGUGCAUUCAAUCUUCAUCCAAUUGCAACACGUGGCUUCCCGGGAGCUCCCUCAGGCAGCAGCUGCGCCUUGAAUCACAGUUGCACCUGCUGGGUUGGAGGUCAAAUUGCUUAGCCUGCGAUCUUUACCAGCUCCUGUGGUACAGCAGUUGGGGGCCCGUUCAGGCAGAGAGCAAGCCCCUUAAGCGGAACAAGCUGGGAGUUCUGGUGCCUGCACCCAAGCACCACUCACCGCGUAGCGGCGUGCCAGAUGCAGCCCCGAGGCUGGGUUCUCUACAGUGUCUUCAGGAUUGCACGGAGGAAGCCUGGUAUCACAGCCUGGGUGAUCGUCAACAGGACCAAGGUUUUGGGUCCUUAUUUGAGUUAAAUAAAGAUCUACAGAGGGGUUCAGGCCAAGGAGGAAGCGAGGGGUCUGGGGUCACAGGAGGUAACAGUUUCCCAGUGUGGGGCAUACGGGGCAUAUGCCGCUCACUGAAUGUCAUCAGAAGCGCCACUCUCUGUCCUGAGAAACACAUGUUUCUUUCCAUUCUCUUAUUUUUUUCCUUUUUGAUUAAAACCCCAAAGAAAGCAACAGCCCAGUGCCUCUCUGCCUUAACACCUCUCCUCUGUUUGUUAAUCACAAUUUUUAACCUAGAGGGAGAAGGUCUUAGGCCUGGAGCCUUUUCAGGCGCUUGAUUCCAGCUGGAAUUUAAUACCACUUUUCCUUGUCACUGUUUCGUAGGUCUGACUGUUUUCUAAUUAUGUCAAGUAGCACUACGUUUCCACUCACAGUUCUGAUAUUAAGCUUUCUUCCAGAAUAAAUUUAGUAAAAAGUAAUAAGGGCAAGUGUUUCUAGGGGGAGAAAAUUGUGCCAGGGACCGUGAGACUAUGGCUUAGGCCAGGCCUGGCCCAGGGACGCAACCCUGAGUUUCCCAGGGCCGAGUCAGGAAGAUCACAAAUUCCAGGUCUGACUGGGCUACAGAGAAAAUUCAAGACCGACUGGUCUAUUAGCGAGAGCUUGCCUCACCAAAGAAAAAGGGGCCGUGAUGGGGACACGGUUCUGUGAGACAGCACUUGUCUAGAAUCUAUCAGGGAGGGAUUGCGAGCCUAGCUCAGAUGUAGAGUGACAUCUGUCUGGCAAGGGUAUAGUCCUGGGUUUCAUUCAUAGUACAAGAAAAGGAAGAAAGAGAGGGAGGGAAGAAGGGAGAGAGGGAGGAAGAGAGGGAAGAAGGGAAGAAAGAAGGAAAGAAGGGAAGGAGGGAAGAAGGGAGGGAGGAGGAUUGAUUUUUAGAGUCACAGAGGAAUCAUGAAGAGAGCACAAAAGCAAAAGAAUACAAUUAGAGAAUAUGUUGUCACAGGAAGUGCAGCAAUAGUCUCUUUAGAAGUUAUCCAAGGGCUGAUCCAGUAGUGGCAUGUGGGAAAGUCUGUAAGUUUGUUGAAAAAACUCGUGAGACCUGAGAACUGGGUCCAGAGAUUAGUCGGCAGUGAGAGGCACCAGACUGAGGUUCAGCUUGAAAGACUUGGGACAGUCCCCUCUUCUGUCCAUCAGAGCUGGGCAGUAUUGAUUGAACCAUGGAGUGCCAUAGAGUGGCUCACACACUCCUUUAUCUGACAUAUCUCUAGAUAGCAGAAUGCUCUCGUUUCUUCAUUCUGGCCGAUGUGUAGUCAGAGGAUCCUGUGGUGGCCUCAUGGCAAACGUUGUUCCUCUUGAGGGCCCCCUUGCUAAGGUAUUGGGGGCCUGGGGUCUGGGGCAAAGGAGAGAGUGAGGACAUGCUCUUUCUUGGUUCUCUUGGCCUCCAGAGCCUCGACCUUGCCCUGUAACUUGGAGAGGCCCAGGGUCUUCUUCUUUGCUUUUGGGACCAUCUUGUAAAACAGAAUCUUGUGGAGGACUUUAACCCAUCUGCCCAGGUACGCAUCGUCGUGCUGUGCUCUCCAGGGCACCAGCAUAGAUGGGUAGAGAUGUACCUCUGUCUCUUGAACAGCUCAGCCUCAGGAGGAGUUGAGGCAUGGAUCUCAUGGUCAUGUCUGUACACUAAAAGGUUCCUCUGGAAAACUCUUUUCUUGGGCGGUUCUCCAAACUGCAGAGCAAGAACCUUGGAUUUAUGUGCCUCAAAUAACCUUAAUUCUUCUGCUUUUCCUUCCUUCCCUUCCUUUCCCUUCUCUUCUCCCCUCUCCUUUCCCUUCUCUUCUCCCCUCUCCUUUCCCUUCCCUCUUCUCUUCUUCGUUCCCUCCCCUCCCUUCCUUUCUCUUCCUUUCUCCCCACACCCUGCAAGGAAGGGCUUAGAUUCAUAUCCCAGAAAGCUUGACUUGAACCCUCUAUCCUGCCUCAUUCCACCCCCAGAACCUGCAUUUUAGGCCCACUGCACCAUGCAUACAACUUUGGGUGUUUGUAAGAAGCCAUUCUAUUACCCACCUGUCAAGAAUAUUACUUUGAUGUCCAGCUACUUUGAGGGGAGACUACUGAUAAAAUCCAGUAAAAGUUUUCUUCAGGAGAGUAACGGGAAAAACCAUAGGUUUCUGGCGUGUCCUGAAUUACCUGAUUCCCUCCCGGUGUGCACAAAUAAGGCUGUAGAUGGAUGGACCUCUGACAGUUGAAUUCCAAGGGGCAGGAUGCAGGCAAAGGCAAAUUUACAGUCACUCACUUGGUGGGGGAAAAAAUUAUAUCCAAAGAACCACAACUGAGGAAGAUGGCCCUUCCUGCUCGAAGAUGCUUUCACUGCUGUGUAAGCCCUCACCGACUGACCUCACGAAGGACACUGCUAGAGAGUCUCUCUCCCAUGUCUUCUCUCUGCCACCAUGCUCUACUGCUGCUGCUCACAGACCCCUUGGACAGGCAUUUGAGAAGAGAAAAUAGUCUGUCGUGUGCUUUUGAUCGUAAACAGUCAUUUGAUUAAACACACAAGAAAGCCCUCUCUUGGAGAGGGGCCCCACCCCUGAGAGGAUUCUUUGCCAAGGUAAUAAGGUGGCCUUGGAAAACUUUCUUGAAAAACUUUCCAGAGCUCAGGGCUCGCUCAGUGAGCAGCUACGGAUGCAUUGCCCCAGUACCUUGGCAAUCAUUUGAAUAUUUAUAAAUUUAAGUAUUUAUUUUCAUAUUAAAAUUAAAGCUCUAUUGUCUUGCAACUAACCUGCCUUGUUCUGCCACUCCAAAACAAAACCUUCUCCGGUGUGAUAACCUUUAUUUAUAGAUGGCAAUAAGCAUAUUUAGAAAUAUUAUUAUUCAUGACCCUUGCACUAAAUAUCAUAAUCAGAAUACAGAUGUGCAGGGUAAUUGCCAUGCACAAGUCACUAUGCAUCAAAUUCUUGCAAAGCAAAAAUAGCAUCCCUUUUGGGAUAAAUUAUCCAUUGGUGGUGCAUAAAAGUAUCAGGGUGUCACCAAGGAUUUCUAACAGUAUAACACAAGAGAGUCUGUUCAAAUCAAGGGGCGCCCAGGGACAUUUCCCAUUUAUCCUCAUACAUAUUUAAAUACUUUUCUUUGCUGGACCCACUUUUAGGAUGUGGUAUAGAAAUAAGGUGGGUAGGGAGGCUUCUUAAUAUCAAGUUUGUGUGGUUGAGUUGAGGCCUUUGAGAUGGUUAAUAUUCAUCGUCAACUUGCAAGCCUUAAAGUCACCUGGGAAGAAGGUACCCAAGGAACUGCCAAGGUCAGAUUGGUCUACAGCCAUUUCUGGGAGAGAUGGUCUUCUUAACGGAUCACUCAUAUGGAAUCGUCCUGUGCAUCAUGGGUGGGCAAGUCUGGGCUGUAUGAGAAAGCCAGUCGAGGGGUCGGAAAGAUGUCUUUCCAUUAAGAGAACUGGCCGACAUCGCAGGGAUGUCAAAUUGGGUUCCCUGCAUCUGUGUUGCUUAUCAAGUAACUCUGUAACUCCGGUUCCAGGGGAUGUGAUUGCCCCCAUCUGGUCCCUUCAGGCACUAAGCACAUACCUGGUGCAUAUACAUACUUGCAGGGAAACACUCGUAUGCAUGAAAAAAUAAUAAUAAUAAAGCCAAUAAACUAAGCCGGGAGCAAUCCAGUGCACAGUGCGCUCCAUGGCUUCUGCUUUAGUUCCUGCCUUCAAUUCCAGCCUUGACGUCCCUCUGUGACGGAGUGUGACCCAGAAGCAUGAGCUGGAACUAGAAUAAACCCUUCCCUCCUCCAAGUUGCAUUUGAUCAUUGCGUUUAUCAGGGCAGCAGAAGGCAAACUGAGAUGGCUUCCUUGGACCCCAGCCCCCUCUUUAAAUACACUCUUUACCUCGUCACGGGAAGGAUGCUGAUUCUCAGAUAAGCGCCCCGCUCAAGCUCGGUUCACUAAUUGACUGAACAAGAUGCGGUCACACUUUACACUCCCUUUCGUAAUGGAUUUUCAUGUUUGUGAAUCCUAACCGGCUGUGGAAAUAGAAAGCAAAUGUCUUAUAAUCACAAAUAUCUUCUGGUUCUUUUUUUUUUUUCUAAACUCAAAGAUUAAAUCAACUUCACCCCCCAUUUUCCAGCAAGUUCAUGGUUAUAGAAGGAUGCUAAAUGAUCAGGUGAUGGACAUAUCCGCCGUGUUACUGUUUAGCGAAUUCUUGUAAGUGAUCACUGGAUAUAACACAUUUCUCCGUUAGGUGUUACAUGAAUAAUUGGUAUAUUAAAGAAAGUGUGAAAUAAACAGGUAUAAAGCUUGAAAUGCGUUUAUUAUUUGCUGAGGGCUUCCAUGCUCAUACCAUUUAGAAGCCAUCGGCAAGUUCAACCUCUUCCCCAUGUAGCUGGAACAGAACCUCUCAUUAAACCUGUUGUAAAAGAUCCCUUUUGUGCACAUACACUGGCUCAGGGAGGCGAUGCUGCUUCACAACCACCAGGCCUCAGUCUGGCCUCUCUAGUGAGAGGCUGUGGUAUCCACAGCUCUAAUGGGAGGCAGGCGCUGACUAGAGUCUUCUGUUCCUCCGUCCUGCUGCUUUCCUGUUCUGCCAUGCCGCAUCCUCCUGCUUGGUAUCAGAUGUUCUUCCUGCUUCGAGGGGCCCUAGCCUGGGCUGAGCACCACUCCUGGUCCCUGAGGUCCCAGGGAGGCCUUCUUGUCAUCCCCAAGUGACAAGGAAGGGUCCUCAUGAUACUGACAGCAGGGUAAUCACUGUGGUGAUGUCACCCAAUAUUUCUGCAUUAGCUGUUCAUCAGAUCAAAGUAUCUGAUACAAGCAGCUCUGAGGAGGAGGGGUUUGGGCUCCUGAGUUCAGAGGGUUUAUUAUACAGCCCUGUGCUAGGACAGGACAUCAUGGCUGGAGGUUCUUCAUUGUGGACUAGGUGCAGAGAAAAGAAACCCAGAGACCCAGCUGCUUCUUCCCUCCCCACCCUUUUAUUCCAGCAGGGACACCAACCCAUGGGCUAUGCUGUCUCUGUUCAUGGUGGGUCUUUCUAAUCGGUUACUGUCCUCUGAAGACACUCAGAGUUACAACUCAAUGGUCUCCUGUAUGACUCCAAACAGUCGAGUUGGCAGUGAAGCUUAACUACAAGCUCAGAUGGGAAGGUUUUCUGCCCUCCUGUGUGUCCUGCCCCAGGAGCACUCAGGUACUUCUGCAGUGUUUCCAGCUGGCCAGUGAUCCCCAGCCCACUCCUCCCCAGUGAAAUGGAGACUUUCCUAACCAGGAGACAAAGUGAACCCAGCGCUGGUUGCAAGGUUCUGCAAAGUAAAACCCUUCCAGUCUGGUCUUCGGUGAAGCCAUUCUUGGUUCUGACUCUAUGGUCUUUAUUUCCCCCAUUCCUCUCCCACCCACCCCACUUCUUGGUGCCCAAGAACUGUAAAAAAAAAAGGGAUUUUAGAAACAAGGUGAGUCCCAACUUUUAAUGAUCUUUGUGACGUCUAUCUCUUUGGUCUUGAGAGCUGAGGUCUUCCUAUGCUGUUGGUCCUCUGAUGAUUAGGAAGGAAUGACAAAAUGAGAUAGCUUGAAGCUUUCAAAGCUGAAUUGCCCAGGCUCUGGGAAGGAAUAAGAAGGCAAGGUAUUUAGAAAGGCGUAGUGAAGGAGGGAAAGGAGGAGGAGGGGAAGACAGAACGAAGAAGCAAAGGAAGUGACUGGAUUUAAUACAAUCAUCAAGUGUCUUUGAAGAAGAGUCAGCCAGUUUGUCCUUGUCCCCUUUGCUCAGUGUCAGAUGGCUUCCACUUACUAAAACAAAUAGGCAGACGGGGUGAAGCCAUGGUGAUAGGGGAGGUGCAUUCUGUGGAACUCAUCAAAUACCCAAGUUCUCUAUGGGUCUGGACUGUUCUGUUUCCUGGGAAGGACCAUCUCUUAAUGCCCAUCGUGCUCUGCCCAGUGGCCACCCUACCCACACCUCAUCAUUCCCACUGCUGUCCCUUGACCCAGCUGCCAGCAUCUGUGACAUUGUGACACCUGACAGGCAGCCAUGUGCUCUGUACACUCCCUCUGUGUACCUCCUGGGGACAGCUGCAAAAAGUGGUUCUUUUAUCUAGUGGUCUCAGCGACUGCCUUCAGGAUGACGGCUGAUGAUGUGAAAGAUCAGGCUGCAUGGCCCCCCAGCCCCCACUCUCUGCCUCCUCAGGCUCACCCUGCCUGCCUCCUUCCUUGUUCCUUUCCUCCCUCACUGGCUGCUGUCUUCCUUGUAUAACCCAGUAACAAAUUGCUAGACUCUCCACAUGGCAUUGACUAUGACGGAUUAAAUGGCUGAUUUGACCAGAUCAUUAGGCCUCUGUCCCCAGGAUGCCAGAGAAGCCUGCUGAAAAGAAGUGGGGAUACACUCAGGGCUUUCUGGCUUCAUGAUCCUCCUUCCCUUGGAGGGGGGCAUUAAGCUGAUCUGGCCUUUUUCAUUUCUUUCCCUGACUCUCCCCAAAAGAGACACCACGUCUCAGAAUUAUAUCUAUCUCAGUGAAACCAAAGGCAGUCUUAGAGUUGGCCUGGCUUAUAGGCACAAAGAGGAGGACUGGGUAUAGGAAUGAGAGAUGGGACACAAGCUUGCCCUAACUGCUUCCAGAAAUCCUGUCUUCCACUGACACCCCAUGUUGUACCCCAGAAGUAGCUUACGCGUAUGCUCUCCAUAACUGAUGGCCUGCUGAUCCUCCAGAAUGAGGUUGCGCCUUUCAAGAUGUUUUCUGCUUGGGCUGGAGCAUCCCAGGCCACAGCCUAGAUGCAGUUCUCAGAGAAUGUGGUCAAGAAACCAGAGCCCUGAGACUCCAUGGAAAAGGACAAGCCCACCAGGAGAGUUUGGUUUAUGUGCCUUCUGUGUUUGAUCAUCUGUGGUUUGAUCUCUGACCUCACUCCGUUUCUUCAUGGGUUAAGGAGAUACUGGGCUCUGCCCCAUUACUUUCAAUCCCUGGGGAGUUGGGGACAGUGGUGGCAUUCUGCACUCUAAGACAGACUGCUGUGGUUAGCUGUCCCCUCCCUACGUCAGCUACCAUCUGCCUUUUCUAAGUGGUUUUUCUAGAUGGUUCUUGAAGGGUUCUCAGUGGGCACGGCAUCAUUGACUUACUUGAUGCUGGUGGGCAUGUCCAAGACCCUACGUUCACUCCUUACAGACUUCCCUACAUAUCCCCUGUGUCCAAACUCCUUGGGGAGUACAGCUAGGUCUUCACAGUGGGAAUGAUUCUUUGUAUAAUGUAUAGCCAGGAAAACAGACACCUGAGACUCAGGAGAUGGAGAACGACAAAAUGAGAGUCUAUGUAAGGAAUGAUGGGAUGGAGAGAGGGAGGGGCCAUCUCCACAGGUCACCCCCAUCCCAGUCCCUGCUUCAGGGCUCAGAGCAUCCCAGAGGGAUUUGUGCCCAUCAGUGACCAUGAGCUAUUGUCUCCCAGGACCAAAGCAAAGGCCAUCUGUGGAACAUACUGCUCUCCCUUCGUACAGACCUAAUGCAGCCGAGCUAUUUUAGGCAACCAUUUAAAUAAAAGCCUGUUUGACUAAAAAGCACAAUGUAUUACAAAGAAUGAAGGGGAAAGAGCAGAGCCUGGAAAGGAAAAGGGGGAAAAAGAGACAGACAGACAGAAAGACAGACAGACAGACAGACAGCAGGCAGGGAGGGAGGGGAGAGAGAGA